AUGAGUGCACCUUGUAGUCUUGAACAUUGUCAUACGAAUUUAUUUGCUCUGCAAAGUUUAAAUGAUAUGAAAUGGAAAUGUUUUCGACGAGCAUUAAAUUAUCGUUUAGAACCAAAUCAUUAUAAAGAUCCUGUUUUAAUUCAAUAUUGGAAUGUAUUACGGACUGAUACAUUAUGUGCAUGGAGACGUGUUUUAACGGAUGAUGGACAAAAAACAGAAAAAGAACUUUGGUUAUUUGGAAUCAAUGAAGAUUUACCAUCGGAAUUACCCAAUUUAAGACCUAUGCACCAAGCAAAUGGAUCAUGGAGUGAGAAUGCUUUAUCCUAUGAUUGUCGAUCAAUGUUAUUUAAAGCAUUACAUAAUAUGAUUGAAAAAUAUUUAUUAUCAAAAGGUUUUGCUCGAUUAAAUAAAUGGUUUGUGUUACCA